AUGGGGCGUGGGGUCGAUAGUUGGAGAUUGGGGGUGGGGUUGAAGGCUCGAUACUUCUCUGGCACAAAGACGACGCUGAAACUGUCUCCAAACAUGACCUGUGAAGCUCUCCAGUCUUUUUCUCCAAGGCUAACUGUGGCCAAAAGAAAAGAAGCUCUUGAGCUCAGAAAGACAAUGAAACCUUUAAUGGAAAAAAGAAGGCGCGCCCGUAUCAACGACAGCCUGAGCCAUUUGAAAAACCUCAUCCUUCCCCUCACAGGCAGAGAUAAGACUCGCUACUCCAAGCUGGAGAAAGCAGACAUCCUGGAGAUGACUGUGAGGUUCCUCAGCGACAUUCCCCCAGUUAACACACAAAAUUCCGCAGACAGUUACAAGGACGGCUUCAAAGCCUGCCUCCAGCGCGUCUCCACUAUGCUUCCCAAAACGAGUCUGGAUCAAGACGCGUGUCAGCGGGUGAACGAAUUCGUCCAGCAGUCCAUGUCCGCCGCAGUCACUCCAGCCUGCCUGAGCUGCUGCGCUCAGAGCUCCAGGACUCUUCCUCAGAUCCAACAGAGACUCCAGAGUCUCAAAUCCAGCUUCAGCUCCAGAAUGGAGAGCCAGUCCCGUAGCAGCAGCAGCAGCGGCGGCGGCGCAGUGGCUCCCAGCCGAGCGCAGUCAGCACCACAAGCUGUCAGCGCCGCCAUGUGGAGACCUUGGUAG